CUUGGUGGUAGCAACCGGGGUGGUGACGGUGGUGGUGGCAGUUGAUGGUGGUGUAUCAAUACCUGCUGGACAUGGACUAUGGACGUAAUGCAUCGCCACGGAGAAUAAUGGUGGUAGCAGAUCCAACACAAGAGUCAGCAGGUGCACUCCAAUAUGCACUCUCUAAAGCGGUUCUCGAGAACGAUGAAUUGAUCCUCUUCCAUAUUGAAAACCCUAAUUCAUGGCGUUACACAAUAACAACGUUCCUUAGAAGACCUAGGGGCUGCUCCACCACCGCAUCUGUAGAAGGAAGCUUAGGGAACACGGAGUUUCUUGAAGAAAUGAAGAAUGCAUGCAAACUUGCAAAACCAAAAGUGCGUGUGCGGGUAGAGAAGGUGGCACUAAUGGAAGGCAAGGACAAAGCAAGUAUUAUUCUAGAUCAAAGCAAGGUUCUUGGGGUGAAUGUCCUUGUUAUAGGGCAACGACGGAGUCUUUCUACAGUUAUCUUAGGUUACAGGAGGCCUGGAGGUUCCACGCGAGGGGCAAAACCAGUAGACACAGCAGAGUAUCUGAUUGAUAAAAGCAGUUGCACUUGUGUGGGAGUACAGAAAAAGGGCCAAAACGGAGGCUACCUUCUCAAUACAAAGACCCACAAAAACUUCUGGCUUCUGGCUUAA